AGGCUUGCCUUCAGCGAGGAAGGAAAACAAUUAGAAAGAGGAAGAUCAGAUAAAGAGAAAUAAAAAUGUCUUUCACUGGAACUCUGGAUAAAUGCAAGGCUUGCGAUAAGACUGUUCAUGUGGUGGACAUGAUGACCCUUGAGGGUACCCCUUACCAUAAGUCCUGCUUCAAGUGCAGCCACUGCAAGGGAUUUCUCUCGAUGAGCAGCUACUCCUGGAUGGACGGUGUCCUCUACUGCAAGCCCCAUUUUGAGCAGCUCUUCAAGGAAUCUGGCAAUUUCAGCAAGAACUUCCAGUCGGCGAGGUCCACUGAGAAGAAUGAUCUGUCCAGGACUUCAAGCAAGCUGUCUUCCAUGUUCAGCGGAACCCAAGACAAGUGCUCUGUGUGUGGAAAAACAGUGUAUCCUCUGGAGAAGAUGACGCUGGAAGGAGAGUGCUUCCACAAGUCGUGCUUCAGGUGUGCUCAUGCAGGCUGCCCUCUCACCCAUUCCUCGUACGCCGCCCUCGACGGCGUCCUCUACUGCAGGCACCACUUUGCUCAGCUCUUCAUGGAGAAGGGAAAUUACAACCAUGUCCUCCAGGCCGCUGCUCACAAGCGCAGCGCCAGCUCCGGCACUCCUCCUCCCGAACCUGCUACUGAAGACGAUGACGCCAGCCCUCAUCAUGACGACAAGAAGGACGACGACCCCAAAGAUGAUAAAGAAGAAGAAGAACAGGACCACUCUUAGAUCAUCUUCCUCCCCGUCCUUCUCCCAACCGAUCCUAAUGUAUGCCUAUUUUUUUUCGGUUCUU